AUGAGCUCAGAGGACGCCCUCUCCGCCCUGCAGCAAGCAAUCCAAUCCGGCAGUCCCAUCUCGUACUCGUCGUCUUCAUCAGCGCAAGACAUCACCGCUUCCCUCCCCAAUGCGACCCACAUAGUCUUUGGAACGACGACGACGUUCCCCAAAACCGCGCCAACUCGGUAUCGCAAACCGGGGAGCACGACAGACUCGGAUGUGUAUUCGCUGGAGGCGUUGUAUCUUGCGUGGCUUUACAGGGAUGCGCCAGGUGCGGAGUACAUGAAGCAUGCGAGGGAGAAUGGGUUGGGUGUUGGGUUUGUGAGCAUCACGGAGAGGAAGAAGGUUGUAGACUGGUUAGAGGGUAGGGGAGGGGAUGAUGGUCGUAUUAUACCAUUAGGCUCUGCUACGGGAGGAGGGACGCCGCCUGGUACACCCCCGCGCGGCUCGUUUGCUUCAUUAGCGACACCGCAGAAAGCGCGGGCAGCGCCGACUGCUGCAGUCUCGUCGUCUCCUACAAAACGACGUUAUGUUCCUGAUGCUGCGGAUAUGGAGGUGGUCAAGAAGAUCAAGGAGGGCGAAAUUGAGUUGCAAGACCGAACCACGGUCUUGCGGGGGACCAAACCCAACAACUAUUCAAGCGUUCGAACUUCAAUCAUUGAGCGUUUGAAGAAGAUGAAGGAGAGCAGUCGUCCAGGCGCACCCGCCCAACCGACGGCACCACUUGCAGACAGCAAAUCCCGAAAACGAAACUACCCAAUCAUCAUCAUCUCAUCUUCACCAACUUCCCUCAUCACCAUGUACAACGUCAAACGAUUCCUGCAGGAAUCGAUCUUUGAACCCCCGCAAGAUGCGAAAGCGCGCGCUGCUGCUGAAGGAAAUCCUAAACCGGAGGAUAUGAUUCCUUUAUACAGGAAGAAAACGAUUAUUGAGACGAGCGGGAGGGAGAUUGAGACGCAUUCGAGGUACUUUGUUGUUGAUAGUGUGGAGGCGUUGUCCAAGUUCGGUACGGACGCAUGGGACCGAGUCGUCUGUGUUAUGACUACGGGCCAGCAAUGGCAAUUCCGACCCUACAAAUGGAGUGAACCUCGUGUUCUCUUCCAUCAUGUCAAAGGCAUCUACGUCACUUGGUCUAACGAUCCCCCGAAUCCCAAGAUUAAGGAUUGGAAUGUUACCGAGUUGAAGAUUGACCCUCAUAGACGGCACGUCGAUAAAUCGACUGUCGCCAACUUUUGGAAGAUUUUGGACUCGUGGAUACAAGCCAACAAGCCUUGGUUGAUGACCUAGGCGUGUCCUGGGGCAUGCAUGUUUACUUCCGCGCGCGUUGUCCUGGACAGUUAGCACACUUUUGGAGGGUAAGACAGGGUUAGGGGCGGGCGCUUCUGUACGAUAUAGACCAGUGCC